AUGGGCGCAGCGCUGUCGAUUCCCUUUCUGGGCGGCGGCCUAAUCUCAUCGCUCGUCGGAUCCUGCCUCACGGGCUUGGCCUUCUUCUGCACCUCGACGGCCGCCUCUGCUUUCUUCAAGUCAUGCAACUGCCAGAGCUCCAUCGCCACCCGCGUUGGGUUCUGCCUCAUCUUCUGCCUCGAUGCCCUCCUGGCUUGGCUCAGUCUGACGCGCUUCGUCAUGGACAAGCUCGAAGACUGGAGCUACCAGUAUCUGAAGCUGGACUGCAAGGACAAGGACCGCUGCUACGGCGUCUUGGCUGUUCACCGGAUCACAUUCGCGCUCGCGCUCUUCCACCUCAUCAUCGGUAGUCUCCUCAUUGGUGUCAAAGACACCCGCACCAAGAGGGCAGCCAUUCAAAAUGGCUGGUGGGGACCAAAGGUGCUCCUGUGGCUCGUCCUCACCGUCCUCAUGUUCUUCAUCCCCCACGGCUUCUUUGUCGUCUGGGCAAACUACUUUUCCCUUAUCUUUGCCUGCAUGUUCAUCGUCGUCGGCCUCGUCCUCCUCGUCGACUUCGCCCACACCUGGUCGGAGACGUGCCUGGACCGCUGGGAGACGACCGAGGCGCCCUUCUGGAAGUACACGCUGAUCGGUAGCACCUUGGGCAUGUACGCCGCCGUCAUUACCGUCACUGGACUUCUCUACGGCUUCUUCUCGGGCAGCGGAUGCGGCCUCAACACAUUCUUCAUCACCUUCAACCUCAUCCUCUGCCUCGUCGUCACAGCUCUAUCCGUCAGUCCGGCGGUGCAGGAGUCGAAUCCUCGAAGUGGGCUGGCACAGAGCAGCAUGGUGGCUGCCUACUGCACCUAUCUUAUCGCGAGCGCCGUCAUGAACCAUGACAAUGCGCAGUGCAACCCCAUAACGAGGGGACGUGGCGGUGCAGGGGCAAAGAAGACGACAGUCGUUGUGGGCGCUUGCUUCACUUUCCUCGCGAUUGCCUACUCGACAAGCCGAGCGGCGACGCAGAGCAAGGCACUCGUCGGUCGCAAGCGGGCGCUGGCCAAUCAGAGCAGCACACCACCGGCCGGCUAUGGGCCUCUGGCGACGCACGACUCCGAGGAUCACCAGAGCUCGGGUGGCGUCACGACGGAGCAGCCCACCCGCAAGGAGGACCUUCGCAUCCAGGCGCUGCGUGCUGCUGUGGAGGCAGGCAGCCUUCCUGCUUCUGCUUUGGAAGAGGACGACGAUGGCAGCGAGGAUGGCGAUGUAGGCAGCCUGGGAGGAGGACCCGGUGACGAGGCAGAUGACGAGCGAAACGGGACACGGUACAACUACACGUUCUUCCACUUCAUCUUUGCCAUUGCCGUCUGCUACACAGCCAUGCUCCUGACUGACUGGCGUUUCGUCAAGCUCCAGGGACCAUCGCCCGAACCGACUGAAGAGGGGGGGCAGGUCGUCUUUAUCGGCCGGUCUCCCACCGCCAUGUGGAUGCGGGUCGUCAGCAGCUGGCUCUGCGUGGGUCUGUAUGCCUGGAGCCUC